UGGGGGAAAUGCGUCAAAACAAUUAAACGAAGUGCGAUUAAGCGCAGCAUUUCCAGACAGUCGGCUAAUACGUCAGAGAAUCUCGCCUACGAUACAAAUCAUAAGCGAAAGUUGUUGCUCCGCAUGCGCAGUUCGCUAGCACCGCGGCGGCGAUAGACGACAUUAUACGCAUGUGCAGCAGCUGAAUUCUGCACCAGUGUUGGGAGGAGGACACAAAUCCUGGAAAGGCUCACUAUUUGGCAGGAAGGAGAGGCCUAGACCUGGCAGAAAAGCGGAGGCUCGCCGUGAACAUAGCGAAGGGGGGUGAGCGCCAAUUUUGGCCGCAAGGGGGAGGGGGGGAAUGAAAGACGAGUCGGAAAACGAGAACUGGAGUAACGGUGUGGAGCGGCCGUGCUUUGGAUGUUCAGGGGAGGGGGAGACACCAAGGCGGGAGCGGCUCUGGCGACACUCGCUGUGACGGAGCUGAGAAAGUGGGAGGGGGGGAAAUUCGGGCACAAAACAUAAGAAAACAGCAGGAGAAUAACGCGACAAGCCCCCUGAACGAACAUUGGAUUUAUAAAUCGUAUCCAGAAAAGGGUCUUAAAAAAAAAAACAAAACACUGCGUUAUGCUGCAGGUCUCCCUCAGAUUAGAGUAACGCGAUAUUUGAGUGGAAAAGAGGCGAGUCUUUGGGGAUCGUGUUUUGAUGGUGGAAAAAAAUUGGUCCAUUUCUUUGUAUAGAUUGGAGCUACCCCAGCAACAUUGGAGAGAAUAGGAUUUUCACCCUAGUCUGGCAGCUUUGCUGCCCGCAUAUACACAGAUGAAUGAAGACCCCAUUUGGCAAGACCGCAGUUCAUCGACCCAGAGCUGAUGCAGCACAUGCAGGUGUAUCAGCAAACAUGAUGAAGAAAAGGACCUCUCACAAAAAACAUCGGAGCAAUAUGGGACCAAGUAAACCUAUUUCACAGCCGCGAAGAAAUAUAGUUGGCUGUAGAAUACAACAUGGUUGGAAAGAAGGCAGUGGGCCCAUAACUCAGUGGAAAGGAACUGUUUUGGAUCAAGUGCCAGUGAACCCCUCACUAUAUCUUAUAAAAUAUGAUGGCUUUGAUUGCGUCUAUGGACUAGAACUUCAUAAGGAUGAAAGAGUGUCAGCUCUUGAAGUUCUUCCAGACAGAGUUGCCUCCACUCGAAUCAGUGAUGCCCACUUGGCAGAUACAAUGAUUGGUAAAGCAGUGGAGCAUAUGUUUGAAACAGAGGACGGCUCCAAGGAUGAGUGGCGAGGAAUGGUUUUAGCACGAGCUCCCAUUAUGAAUACAUGGUUUUAUAUAACCUAUGAAAAGGACCCCGUCUUAUACAUGUACCAACUUUUAGACGACUACAAAGAGGGAGAUCUCCGCAUCAUGCCAGACUCUAAUGAUUCUCCUCCAGCUGAAAGGGAGCCUGGAGAAGUUGUGGACAGCCUUGUAGGAAAGCAAGUGGAAUAUGCCAAAGAAGAUGGCUCGAAAAGGACUGGAAUGGUUAUUCAUCAAGUGGAAGCCAAGCCUUCCGUUUAUUUCAUAAAAUUUGAUGACGAUUUCCAUAUUUAUGUCUACGAUUUGGUGAAGACAUCCUAGAUAAGGUCAUGGACCCAUUGCCAAACUUAAGGAUCUAAUAAAUGUAAAAAUUUGUACACUAAUAAUUUCACUGCUUUCUGAUUAUAUGAAAGUUCUAAUAUUCCUGCGAUCCUGCAAAUCCCUUCCUGGAAAAACAGGUGGUAUGGUGAAAAAACAAAGAGCUCUCCCAUUUUGUCCUGAUCUCGAUCUCUUGCUUGCUAUCUCGCUUUCUCAUGCCUUCAAUAUUUAGCACUGUCUCUCCUACAAAAGGGACAAACCACUUUUCUCUAAAUGAUGCAUUUUCCUAAAGGGGACAUUACCUUAAAAGGAAUCUGGAUGGUAGGGGCGACGGCAAGCAAUGGAGAGGCUCUGAAAGACCAGCUUUGUAAAGUUUCACACCUAAAAUUAAAAACUCAGCGUUCAUCCCUUAUGUCUACCUGCCCUGGCACAUCUAUUGGUAAAUUAUUUUAUAUUCCAGCAUCUUUGUUGAAGGCACUUAAAGUGCAUGAUCCUUUUGGUCUUAGAGGCCCAACUGGACUCUGCUGUGGGACAUUUGAAUGUGCAAACUUUGCCCAGUGAGUUUUCUGCCUUUUGUAAAUCAUCAAGCACAAUUAAUUUGAAUCUGUGUGUUUGGACCAUCGCUUGGUACAUUGCUCUUAAUGACCAUAACUUUCGAGUUUGUCUGGGCAAAAACCUAGGCUGAAUGAUACAGGUAAUGAUGUAUGGUAUGUGGGUUAUUUGGGAUUACUUGGCUUGAUGUCUUAGUUUGCAGGGCAAUUGUGCACCAAACCAGACUGUCUUUGAAAGUAUUUUUUCCAGUGUUACUUCUGUCUUAUAAUGUUGCCACUGGUGUUUAUCAAGCUGCCCAUCAGCGUAGGGUCAGUUUAAUUUUUGUUUUUCCUCCCAUGACAGCUGCCCAAGUUGUACCUUUUUUUUUAACUUUGCAUAUCUGUCAGUUUGUUAAAAAAAGAAAAAAAAAAGAAAAAAAGUAAAACUAGUGUUGCAAGAACUAUGAUGGAAAACUGGUUACUUAUUUUUUACAAUUCAGUAUACUGAAAUGAUUGUUUAACUAAAAUGUGAGUGGUUGAGUGUAGCCAUGUAUUUGUUGUCAUGUUGGGGGUGCAGCUAUAGUGUGGAGACUACGCCGAUAUUGAUUAAUUUUUUUUUCUCAUAAGAUUUGUUCUAAUUCUAGAUUUUACUCUGACUUAAAUGAGUGCCAAAGGACUGUUCUAAACCAGUACUCUUUUUGACUAUCUGGCACUCAAAUGGUUAAAAGAUUUCCCCUCAAGUGGAAAUGUAAAAAAAAGUUAUCACUAAAUCAAUGUAUGUUUUCCUGCUACUACUGGUUUCAUUUUCAUUCCUACAUUGUUCUUUAAAAUUCUGUUAAUUCUGCUUGAAAAAACGAUCAUUCAUGCAUUUUCAAUCUUCAGAUGAUGUGGUAGUAAACUAAACACAUUCUCCACUUAUGCUGUCAGUGUGGGUAUAAUACAUAAGUUUUUCAUAUGUAUUAUAUGUAUAAUGUAAAAUACCUAUCAAGUCAGAUUGUGGCUGUGCUUUGUGGCAAAAUAAAACAAAUCUUCAAAAGAUGUUUAAAAAAGGGAUUUAUGCAACCAUCAAGUUUUGUUUUUUGUCCCCCCCCUUUAAAAAAAAUAAAUCUCCAAACACCAC